AUGGCGUGCGCGGGACUGCUCACCGUGUGCCUGAUCCGGCCGCCCGCGCCCGAGCCCCCGCGACCCCCAGCGCCCGCGCCCGCCGCCGGGCCCGCCGGACACGCGCUCUUCCAGGACGUUUUCCGCCGAGCAGACAAGAAUGAUGAUGGGAAGCUCUCAUUUGAAGAAUUCCAGAAUUACUUUGCCGAUGGGGUUCUCAGCCCCGGGGAGCUGCGAGAGCUGUUCAGUGGUGUUGAUGGGCAUCCCGCUGACAAUUUGGAAACGGAGAAACUGUGUGACUACUUCUCUGAACACCUGGGUGUCUACCGGCCUGUGCUGGCAGCGCUGGAGUCGCUCAACUGUGCUGUGCUCACUGCCAUGGACACCACCAAGCUGGAGUAUGAGCGGGCCUCCAAGGUGGACCAGUUUGUGACACGCUUCCUACUGCGGGAGACGGUGAGCCAGCUCCAGGCCCUGCAGAGCUCACUGGAGGGGGCGUCAGACACUUUGGAGGCCCAGGCCCAUGGCCCGCGGUACGUGCCGAGCCGGCCCCGAGGCAGCCGGCGGGCAGGGCGCAGGGCCCUGCGGAGCGUCAGUCGAUCGUCCACCUGGUCUCCUGGCUCCUCCAACACAGGUAGCUCCGAGGCCGAGAUGCAGUGGCGACUCCAGAUCAACCGCCUUCAGGAGCUCAUCGACCAGCUGGAGUGCAAGGCCCCCCGGCUGGAACCCCUGCACGAAGAGGAGCUGACCAAGGGGCCCAGCUCGCACAUCCUCGUGGCCCAGAGGCAGGUGCAGGUGGCUGAGGAAGCCCUGCAGGACUUCCGCCACGCCCUGUGCUGCUAUGUGGACUUCACGGGGUCCCAGAGCCACUGCCUGCAUGUGUCUGCCCAGAAGAUGCUGGACAAGGCUUCCUUCACCCUGUAUGAGUUCUGGCAGGACGAGGCCUCCUGGAGAAGGCACCAGCAGUCCGCCUGCAGUAAGGCCUUCCAGCGCAUCCUCAUUGACCAUCUGCGGGCUCCAGACACCCUCACCACUGUGUUCUUCCCAGCCUCCUGGUGGAUUAUGAAUAAUAACUGA